AUGGAACAGAUCGUUACCUCGAUAGUCUGCUUUCUCGUGAUUUCGGCCAUCGUACGCGUUGGCAGCGCCCCAGCACCGAGUGACAUCAUCUCAGGGCGCGAGUUCCUAUCGAUCCUGAUGAAACCGACUGCAGGAGCGUCAGCUGCCACGCCCCAGCAACCGGCGCGAGGUUUCCGCGGGUUGCGCAAGUUCCGUCACUUCUUUUACGACCGCUCCACAACCGGAGACGACAGCAUCCUGCCGAUCGAGGCGUUGUUCACCUCACAGGAAGACCUGGACCGGAGCAGUACGCGCUUGUACGAUUACGGACAGGACGGUACAACACCGAUUCCAGGUGUUGUAGUCAGCGAGGUGCAGGAGUCUGAGUCGACCACUACGGUCACAGAAGACGGAGAUCCAACGACUCCACGGUCGUCCACAGCUGAAGUGGGUACUGAGCAAACGACGGUCGAAGAUGUCACCGAUCUGGUUGAGGAUGUGUCCGUCUCGACGGUGGAGCCUCCGACUAGGACGUUGCGGUAUGGGAAGCGGGCCAAAGCCAUCCAACAACCUGUGGAAUAUGCGAAGGUGACGUCGACCCACUCCAACUCACACCGAAGUGAGCUCUCAGUGGAGGAGUUAGGACCAACGAUCAGCAAGGAGGAGGAACGUGACUCGGCUAGAGGUGAGUCGGCGAUGGUAUCAAAGCUGGCGGUAGCAUCUUCAACACCGACGCAGCAGCGUUAUCGCACUCAACGCAAACAGGAGUCUAAGGGUGGUCCUUACCAAGCUGUCAGUGCGUUCCACGACUCCAGAAAACCACUAGACACGCUGACCUGGCGGGAUGUCAAUACCGACUACCGAACUGGGGAGGUGAAACCGGCGGCGAAAGAAAGCCGUUCAGAAGGGGAAUCGAAGGUUCCACUUAAGAGUGCAUCGAGACCAAAACCUCGCCAGACAUACUCCGAACCUGCGCGGUUUUACUCUGAACCGGCGCAGUUCUACUCGGAGCCAGCGAAGGUGUAUUCGGAACCAGCCAAGGUGUACGGUGAACCUGAAAAGGUGUACUCCGAACCCGCCCGGGUGUACUCCGAGCCGGCCAAGGUAUACGGCGAGCCAGCUAAGGUGUACUCCGAGCCAGCGAAGGUGUACUCGGAGCCAGCGAAGAUAUACUCGCAACCUUCCAGCUACUGGCAGACGGCCUACUCGCCGAUCAACCCUCUGCCAACAACGACAACGAUGGCGAUGUCCACUGGGACUACGGCGUCUACAACGACCAGUCCUACGGAGGUGUCUUUUGGUCCUAUCAGCACCACGACCGGACCUGCCCGACUGGUCUUCAACGAGCUGGAUAAGAUCCCGUACGAUCAGCUAAACGCACCCACCGUCGACGGAGUGGAGGCCGGUUCCAUCCACAAUGCCAUCGGCAAGUUUGUGCCGAAACAGAAUCACGUUCCGGAUAGACCAGAUAGGACAGAACCUCAAGAGGACGUGCCUCCAAGCAGUCCGGUCGUGCAGACGCUCGCUCCAGUGCUCGGUUCCGGUGAUGAUUCGAAGGUAGGAUACGUGGUCGAAGGGCGCAACUACCGCAAGUACCGGGUGGAGGAGAAGACGCCGGAUGGAUUCAUCGUCGGCGAGUACGGUGUGCUCUCGCACAACGAUGGCAACCUGCGUGGUGUUCGCUACACAGCUGACUCGGAUAUUAACCCGCGCCUGAUCUACGAUGCGUUACUGAAGUUUCUCUCCUUGUGA